AUGUCUAUGGCACGCGACGUAACUCCCAGUGCUGGCUCUGGCGCAACUUGGACUGCCCUAUCAGCAGCUCUCAACUGCACCGCUUCAUCCGCCGCUACAACCCUUCGCUGCCUGCGGGCAGUUCCUGCUCCUCGCCUUCGCUCCGCCGUCACCGAAGGAAAUCUCAUGUUCGGCCCGGCUACGGAUAACGGCACCAUUUUCAGCGACCAGCCCGCACGCCUCGAGUCAGGGAACUUCGUCCGCGUCCCAGUCCUCGUCGGGACUAACGAUGAAGAACUCGGUAACACGACCAUGUCCGCCGCCGCAACUCUGCUCGCUUUCACAUGCCCCGCCGCCAAAACUGCGAAGGCGCACACCAGAUUCGGUCCCACGUGGCAAUACAGGUUCAUGGGCGACUUUCCGACCGGCACCUCCAGGUUCGAAAGUCCCAGGGCUUUCCAUGGCAGUGAGAUCAGGCUUAUAUUUGGGAGGUACGAUCGGAAAGUAGCGACGGACCAGCAGAGGGCGGCGAGUGUUUAUAUGCAAGGCGCAUGGGCGGCGUUUGCAAACGAUCCAUCCAAGUGGUUGGAUAGUUAUGAGGGCGGUUGGCCUCGGUAUAAUUCGAAGACGACUUCCGUGGUGCUGCUGGCAGAUAAGAAUCAAGCAAAGGCCACCUUCGCAAAUCCGGCGCAGUACGAAAGAGGAUGUCGCUUUUAA